ACACUUGCAUACCCUUACCUAUUGCGUGCCUGCGUUCUGCGAUUGAGUAGCGGCUUUCUCUGCCGCGCUUCUCUUUCUUUUGCUUAUUCGCUUCUCAAAUCUCAAUACUCUUUGCCAAACAUCUCUUUUAGGUUUCGCGUUUCACGUUCCAGAGGCUUCACCUUUUACCAUUCUCAAAUUCGCGAAACCCUAAAACCCUAAUCGAAGAUGAGGCCGAUUUUGAUGAAGGGCCACGAGAGGCCACUCACGUUCCUCAAGUACAACAGGGACGGCGAUCUCCUCUUCUCCUGCGCCAAGGACCACAACCCUACGGUCUGGUUCGCCGACAACGGCGAACGCCUCGGCACUUACCGCGGCCACAACGGUGCCGUUUGGUGCUGCGACGUCUCAAGAGAUUCUGGUCGACUCAUAACGGGGAGUGCGGAUCAGACCGCGAAGCUAUGGAACGUGCAGACUGGUCAGCAGUUGUUCACCUUCAAUUUUGAUUCUCCGGCCCGGUCUGUCGAUUUUUCUGUCGGGGAUAAGCUCGCUGUCAUUACCACUGAUCCUUUUAUGGAAUUGCCCUCUGCAAUCCAUGUCAAGCGCAUUGCAAAAGAUCCCUCCGAACAGACUGGGGAGUCUGUGCUUCUCAUUAAGGGUCCUCAGGGACGAAUAAAUAGAGCUCUUUGGGGACCACUCAACAGAACCAUCAUUAGUGCUGGUGAAGAUGCUGUUAUUCGAAUUUGGGAUUCUGAGACGGGAAAAUUGCUUAAGGAGUCAGACAAGGAAUCUGGCCAUAAAAAGACAGUGACAUCACUUGUCAAGUCUGCGGAUGGUUCACACUUCCUUACAGGCUCUCUGGACAAGUCUGCUAGGCUUUGGGAUACUAGAACAUUGACUCUUAUCAAGACCUAUGUCACAGAACGGCCAGUCAAUGCAGUUGCAAUGUCGCCACUUCUUGAUCAUGUGGUACUUGGAGGUGGUCAGGACGCAUCAGCUGUUACAACCACUGAUCAUCGUGCUGGAAAAUUUGAAGCCAAAUUCUAUGACAAGAUUCUUCAAGAAGAAAUUGGGGGCGUGAAAGGGCAUUUUGGACCAAUUAAUGCAUUGGCUUUUAACCCUGAUGGAAAAAGUUUUUCAAGUGGAGGUGAAGAUGGUUAUGUACGGUUGCAUCACUUCGACUCAGAUUAUUUCAACAUCAAAAUAUAGUGCUGGAUGAUCCGUGGUUAAUAUUAGAUGUGGUUCCUAGAAGUUAGCUUUUAGUUUCUUUCAACUAAUGAAAUGCCGAUAUGAUUAUAUGUUGGUAAUAUGGAGGGAUUUAUGAAUUAAAUUAUGCCUUUUUCUUUUAUGCUGUAUUAACUUAAACACUAUCAAUUUUGGUUUGAGGGGAAUUCAUACUGAAGGAGUUUUUCUUUGAA